AUGGCGAAUUCCACAGAAGCAACAGAAGCUGACCUCUCGGCCUUGUUCGACCGGUACCCAGACAUUAACUUUGACACGACGGGAGAUCUCAUAUUCAGCUCAGGGAUCAGCGAACAUUUCUCGUCCCCGUGUUCGAAUGCUACAGACCACAAUGAUACCCCCGUGUCCAAAGACUCAACGUCCACCGCCCAUACCACUCCUCUUCGACCUAACCUUUGCUCUGCUGAUGCAUUGGACUCUCCGACAUUAGACCUGUUCCUCAAACAACUGACUAAUGCCGAUCUCCCAUUGAUGUGUAAGGAAGCGUUCGAGAGUCUUGCACAAGAAAUAGCGGGACUUGGAUCGUUAUUGGUGCCUACCAAUGGUGAUCAUUAUAAUGGUUACGUCGAUUCCAACAAACUGAAGAUCCUCUCACAGAUUCGGUCGAUGUCAGUUCAGCUUCAACAAUCAGCUGACAAGGUCACUGAACAGAUCAACAACAUCGACUUUGUCAAGACGCGAGCCCCAUUCACCGUCGACCCUUCAAGUCAAGAUCUCUGGUGUACCUAUCGACAACGAGCUAUACUCAUUACAUGGUACACAGCCUUGCCCUGCCGGACAGAGAAGAUGAUAUUGGAAGAUUUGACACACGUGUUUGAUUCUUAUGUCUAUCACCCUUUUCUGCAGCUGCUGGGCAUUGAAGACGUCGAUAUUGAUGUGCAGGAUGCAGUCAAUAGCCUCUAUGACGUUCUGAUGUCGCUGCUUCACAACUACGCCCUGUGGAUGAAUGGGAUGAGGGACAUCCAGGUGAAUCACAUGCGGCCUCUCAUGAGAAGGAUACGGACGUCUCCACGGAUACUAGAGGAAAUUGUCGAAGCAGAGCAUCUCGGUGAGACAGUCAAGGCAUCAAUUGGGAGUCCAGAGGCGCCAGGCAUGCAAGCCGCCGACGAGAGAGUCAUUCAAGAGCUUGGUCUGAGUACCAGUCGACGGAGGGCAGCAAUUCCGGCCCGAGUCAGACAAAGAUAUCGGCGAGAACACACUGUGUAG